AUGAAAGUACAACUUAUCCAUUCAAAGUCAAGUGUGUGUCAAGAGGUCAGUGCCGAUUCUUCCGAACCCUUUCAACUACCAUGGUCUGGUGACAAUGGGCUUGUUGAAUUAGACGGAGAACUUAUCAGUGUCGAAGCUUCAUGCUCUCCAUCUGUAAAUAUUGGAAGAGCAUUCAUUAGCCAUCUAAAAUUUUGUGGAAUUCUUGAUGGAUAUGAUUACACCUCGCUGCCUCUAGUGGAAUGUCCCUACGAGUAUAGGUGCCAAAUGGAUUUUGAAAUUGGCUUCCGAGAGAGGACCCAUAAGAUCGCAUUAGAAAUAAGGUAUUUUUAUCGAGACCCUUCAAAGAAGGAAGAAACCGUUCAAUUGGGGCAAAAGGAGCUUGUUCAACAUUUCUUGGAUCUGGUGGCGUUUGGCAGAAACCUGUCAACAAUCGCAGGCAUGAAAAUAAACUAUAUAUAUGGAAUUUGUUACGUUUCAUGCUCAGUCGAUGGUUUAGAAAUUCAUUUGUGA